UGUGGAUGAUCCUAACUUCGUAAAGAUGUUUACUGACAUAUCUGAACAGCUUCAGGUUAUGUCCAGAAGAACAUUAGGGAGAAAAAUUGAUACAGCCCAAAAAACUGUUACAGAUAAACUUAUAAGCAUUUUCAGUAAAUUGGACUAUGUGUCCACAACAGCAGACAUAUGGUCUACAAAAACCAGAAGCUUUCUUGGUGUAACAGCUCAUUGGAUCAAUGAGGCUACACUUGAACGUAUGAGCUGUGUCUUGUCAUUCAAUCGCUUUAAGGGUUCUCACACAUACGAUAAAAUUGCUGAAAUGCUAUUUGAAGUCCAGUCAGAUUUUAGACUAACACAUGAUCACAUGAUAUCUACAACAACAGACAACGGAUCGAAUUUCGUUAAAGCAUUCAGAGAAUUUGGUAUUGUUGACUAUGUACCAGAUUUCUUAGGUCCUGAAGAUACAAUGGAAUUGGACAAUUUUAGCGCAAGUGACACUCUAUAUGAAGAGGUGCUUUUAGUUAAUAAUUCUGAAGAACUUGAAACAAGGGAAUUGUAUUUGCCACGACAUCUGAGAUGUGCCAGUCACACUCUAAGCCUUUUAGCCACAACAGACUAGAACAAUUACAUAAAAAAUUCUCUCAUUAGCAGAAUACAUUAUUCUGCCACUGCUAAAUGCACUUUGCUCUGGAACAUGUCAAGAAAACCAAAGUCUGCGGAAAUAAUCAAGGAACAUCUUGGGCAUCAGUUAUUAUACCCAUGUCCAACAAGGUGGAAUUCCCUCUAUGACGCUAUUCUCCAUCUCAUGAAAAGCAAAACUAAACUGAAUAGUUUAUUUGAACAGUUAGGCAAGGCAAACACAUUUUCAGCAGUAGAACUCGAAUAUUUAGAAGAGUUUUUGGAGGUUUUGAAACCUAUCGCGUCAGCUCUUGACUACCUUCAGGGUGAUAAUUGCUAUUAUGGUAAACUAUUACCCACGUUGAUGACUAUUAAAACCAAACUGGAAAGACUACAAAGCAGUAAUCUGCGCCAUUUCUCUCGAGUUGUACCAAAACUACUAGAAAGUUUAGAAAAGAGGUUUGACAAAUUUCUCCAAUUGAGACCUGAAGCCAAUGAAGCUAUUUUGGCAGCUUGUUUCCAUCCAGCGUAUAAAAUGCGAUGGCUACCAGAAACCUGUUCAAACGAGGACAAGCAAAGGUUACAAAAUCUUGCGAUCACAACGUUGGAAUCAGUUCCAGUGCUUCCAAGAAGUGGUAGUGGUAGUUCUAGCAUUAGCAAGAAUGAUGACGAUGAUUUCAUCAUCUUCUCUGAUUAUACACGUGAUAGGCCAGUCACAUGUAUGGAAGUAGAGUUAGUGAGUUUUUUAAAUGAGAAGGGGAAAGAUCUCGGUGCCCUUGAACGCUACCCAAACAUAAAAAAAAUGUUUAUUAAAUUUAAUACCAGCCUAUGCUCUUCCGGUCCAGUUGAGAGACUGUUUUCAUUGGCUGGAUACAUCCAUUCGCCAACUAGACGGAACUUAUCUGAUAAUACGUUUAGGAAUUUAGUUUUUAUGAAAGGCAAUUCCUUCUUCAAUUCAUAAUCAUAAAAACAUGAAUGUUAUGUUAAAAGUGUCGAAGUAUUUUGUAUUUUGUAUUUCAAAUACAUAAUUUUGAAUACUGUAUUUUGU